AUUUGCUUUGAAUAAGAAGACAGAUAUAUUUGUUUUACAUUUUUACGCCGAAAGAAAACAUGAAAAAUUGAAGGGAAAAAUAUGUAUUUUCCUAAUAUAUUUGUCUUACAUUCUUACGCCAAAAGAAAACAUGAAAAAUUGAAAGGAAAAAUAUGUAUUUUACUAAUAUAUCCUUUUUUUAUAGUUUACUAAUAUUUUUCAAUGGUUUAGUGGACGAGUAUGAUGCAGAAUGGGAAUGGUAUUUUAAUGUGACUAUUAUUAUAUUUUAUUUGUUUCGAUUUAUUAUUUCAGGAUUUUAUAAUUUAAGAUUCCAUUUACGGUUUUAGAAAAUUUAUUGGAUUACGUUUUGGUUUUCUAAUCCGGAUUUUAUAAUUUGGGUUUAUUUCCAAUUAGAAUUAUUAUUAAAUUAUAAAUAGGCACCUUGUAGGCCAAGAUAGAUUAUAGAUUUCACUUUUCUUGUGUGGUUUGCGAUCUCUAGUUCUCUCUUUGUUGGUCUCUAAUUGCUUUGCAAAGAUGAAGGUGCUGGCCGCAUAUAUGCUUGCGGUGUUGGGAGGGAACACCAACCCAACAGCCGAUGAUUUGAAGAAGAUUCUGUCAUCGGUCGGAGCUGAGGUUGAUGAAAACAAGAUCGUGUUUCUUUUGUCUCAAGUCGAUGGAAAGGAUUUUACUGAGCUGAUUGCCUCUGGAAGAGAAAAGUUGGUGUCAAUGUCGUCGUCGUUUGGUGGUGCUGCAGUUGCUGUGGCUGCAACGGUAGGGGGCGAGAAUGGCGCUGCUGCAGCCAAUGAGCAGGAGAGAGAGGAGAAGGUCGGAGAAAGAGAGGAGUCCGACGACGAUGAUUUUAAUUUCACCCUCUUCGACUAAAAGAUUUUGGACGUUAAUUAUUAUUCUUAUUAUUAUUAUAUUGAUAUAUAUAUAUAUAUAUAUAUAUAGUUUGUGUCUAGGUUGAUUUGGUUUUAGAUGUGAAACUGUGAGAUGUUUGAUGUUUUAAUUAUAAUUCAUCUAUGUUUUUCAGUACCUAAUGGUUAAUUUCAGUAGCUUUCAGUUUUUAUUAAUGUAUGGUUGAGUUAAUAGUUUAUAUAUUGUGGGAAUAACUAAAGCAGAUUGUUAGAA